AUGUCACGGUUUCCCGUAUUGCAUUUGGUGAAACUCAGUUCCUUGAUAAAGUAGCAUGGCGUGGAAAACCUGUUUCCUUGUAAUUGUUGUAUUCUGUCUCUUCGUAGAUGGCAGAGAGACGCCGCCGUCCGCGGUAAGCGAAGGCGACAAUGCCCACGGAGGGACGCCGCCGUCCGCGGUAAGCGAAGGUGACAAUGCCCACGGAGGGACGCCGCCGUCCGCGGUAAGCGAAGGCGACAAUGCCCACGGAGGGACGCCGCCGUCCGCGGUAAGCGAAGGCGACAAUGACAACGGAGGGACGCCGCCGUCCGCGGUAAGCGAAGGCGACGACGCCCACGGAGGGAAGACGCCGCCUGUGGUAAGCGAAGGCGACGACGCCCACGGAGGGAAGACGCCGCCCGCGGUAAACGAAGGCGACGACGCCCACGGAGGGAAGACGCCGCCCGCGGUAAACGAAGGCGACGACGCCCACGGAGGGAAGACGCCGCCCGCGGUAAAUGAAGGCGACGCCGCCCACGGAGGGAAGACGCCGCCCGCGGUAAACGAAGGCGGCGACGCCCAUGGAGGGAAGACACCGCCCGCGGUAAAUGAAGGUGACGCCGCCCACGGAGGGAAGACGCCGCCCGCGGUAAACAAAGGCGACGACGCCCACGGAGGGAAGACGCCGCCCGCGGUAAAUGAAGGCGACGCCGCCCACGGAGGGAAGACGCCGCCCGCGGUAAACGAAGGCGGCGACGCCCAUGGAGGGAAGACACCGCCCGCGGUAAAUGAAGGUGACGCCGCCCACGGAGGGAAGACGCCGCCCGCGGUAAACGAAGGCGGCGACGCCCAUGGAGGGAAGACACCGCCCGUGGUAAAUGAAGGUGACGCCGCCCACGGAGGGAAGACGCCGCCCGCGGUAAACAAAGGCGACGACGCCCACGGAGGGAAGACGCCGCCCGCGGUAAAUGAAGGCGACGCCGCCCACGGAGGGAAGACGCCGCCCGCGGUAAACGAAGGCGGCGACGCCCAUGGAGGGAAGACACCGCCCGCGGUAAAUGAAGGUGACGCCGCCCACGGAGGGAAGACGCCGCCCGCGGUAAACAAAGGUGGCGCCGCCCACGGAGGGAAGACGCCGCCCGUGGUAAACGAAGGCGACGCCGCCCACGGAGGGAAGACGCCGUCAGUCACACCAACUGAGGCGAGCAGUCACUUUGUAAUUUACCUGAUAAGUGGCUCUUUGUUUGUAGCAGUAAUGUAUAUUCUCUACCACAACAAAAGCAAGAUCAGUGGAUUGUGCCAGAAAAAUGGGCCCAGUAAAAGUAAACGUCCAAACGUAUCUGAAUAUCAACGUCUUGAUCAGAAUUUAAGUGAAGUAAUUACUAGUCUGCAAAAGAGAAACAUUGACUAAAGAAAUUUUGUUAUAAAACCUCAGGUUUACAACAUUGUUUCAAAAUACUUUGAAGUCCCUGCCUUAAAACUGAAUUGUGAGGAAUACAGAGGAAUACAAAGUUUUUUUUAAAAUGUCUCAUUCCAUGUUGGAGAUUUCAGAUUUCACCUGUUCCUGCUAGUGAACUAGAUGGAAGGAAUGCACAUUAUCAUCUAAUAUCAGAAGUGCCUCUUAUCCUGUACUUUAAAGCUUGAUCUACUUUGUUUCAGGAUUAUUUUGUACAAAACUAUUGUAAAAUGUUGAAAUGUAAUUUUGUUUGCAGAGUUGAUAAUUUUGUACAAGCAGUUAUAAAAAUGAUUAUUUCAGAUGCAGUAUGUUUUUAAUGAUUAA